ACGAUGACAUUGCCAAGAGGGUUGCAAACUUGAAGGACAGCAAUGAUAUAGAUCCAAGCCAACUGACGUAUGUUUACCGUAUAUAUUGGAUGGUCCUCCUACACGCAGUAAUUAACUUCUAGCAUUCCAGCGAUGAGGCUCUUAAUGCGAGGUUUAUGGCUAUCUUCGGCCACGAGCCUCUUGCGAAUAAAAAAAAGUUGAACUACUCCGUUCCGGACAAUACCAGCAACGAGCUCGACGAUGGCAUGGGAGCCGACUUUGUUUCGUCGGAUGAUGAUGAAGACUACCUUGCCGAUAUAUUAGGAAGUGGCCCUGAAGUAUCUGCUAAAGCAGGUAUGCAUAACACAAAACUUAACGCCGCUGUCAACGCCUUCCUUGGUGAGGACGAUUAUGCGCCUACUGCCGAGGAAGAUGACAUCGUCCGACAAGUCAGAGAGGAGGUCGCGCUCGAAAAGAAGUACAAAGACCUUCAUGGUGAUAGCGACGAUAUAUUGGAAAAGAGAUUUGCUGCGUUCAGUAAGGAUAUGAAGGCUGUCUUGCAAAAUGCCAAACCAGCAUCUGGAACCGCUGAACCCAUAAAAUACAACCGUGUCUACGUUCCACCACCUAAGCCAUUCGAAGAAGAUGAAGAAGACGAAACAGAAGGAUGGUGCUGUAUUUGCAAUGAAGAUGGAACGAUUGUAUGUAUUGACUGCGACGACGACGUAUAUUGUAAUCACUGUUUCAAAGAAGGUCAUCAAGGCCCUGAUGCUGACUAUGACCUCAAGUCGCAUAAGUGGAAACGCUAUUCCAAGAGACGCGGCGCCAAAUGAUAGACCUUGUACCUUAUGCCGUAGUAACGUUGGGCAGCUAUCAUGGUAGAUGAACGUCAUCUCCUGGUUCAUAAUCAUCGUCUGUAUAUUAUCAUAUCACUUUAGCCGUUUUCAAAUAUAUAGGCGGACAUCGAUUCAAACCUUGUCUUUGUAUAUUUCCUGUCCGGAAUUCCAUGCUGUUUUAGCGGCCAUGUUGCAAAUAUAUGCGUAUUAGGACUAACAUCGCAGCAUACCUUAUCAUAGGGGAG